AUGACGACAAUCACCAACUACGGCUGGGAUACUCCUUUUACUACUUCCAUCUUCGAUGAUUUCAUUAAAGAAUGGCCCAGACGGGUUAAUAGUCGUGUGAAUACUUGGGCUCCUCCAUUGGACGUUCACGAAAAUGAUAAAGAAUUCACAGGAAUGAAAAAGGAAGAAAUAAACGUUGAUGUUCGUGACAACGCACUUGUAAUUUCUGGUGAAAUUAAACAAGAUCAGAAGUUUAAAGAAGGAAAUACUCACGUUCAAGAACGUCGUUAUGGUUCUUUUUCACGUUCAAUCGCGCUUCCAUCGAAUGUUAAACCCGAAGAUAUUUCAGCCAAGUUUGAAAACGGUCUUCUUGAAUUGGUCCUUCCAAAGACAGCUCCUACUGGCAAGAAAAUUACCAUCUCUUAA